AUUUUUUAUGGGGCAUCAGUUUUGUUGUGGCGAUUUCUGGCGUGCGAAUGCGAAUGCGAUUCGGAAAAAAAUAAAUUUAUUGGUAUUCCAUCCGUUUUCACCGGUAAAAUAAAGGAAUGGGUGACUUGGACAUUGAAAACAUAUGUCGUUUGUGCUGUGAUAAAAGAGGUCGAAUGCGGUCUCUUUUCGAGCAGCGAUUAUCCGGAUAUGCGACCUCCUUGCAGCAAAUCAUUUUUGAAGUCACACGACUGGAAGUUAACCCUGCGGAUGGAUUGCCACAGAAAAUCUGCAAAAUAUGCACCACUACGUUAGUAAGGAUGCAUGAAACCAUCGAAGAUUAUCGAGCAAAUGAUUUGAAGCUCCGACAGCAGUUAGGUGCAAUGCAACUACCACAUCAGGUUGAUAUAAAAGAGGAAGAAGUGGAUAUAGAAGUUCUGGAAAAAACAUGCCAACAGGACAUGCUGAUCGAUAAUAUUAACAUUAAACCAGAACCAGAGGAAGAAGAAUAUCUCGACUACGAACAGCUAGACGAGAGCAAUGAAAAUGAGUCAAAAAAUAAGUUUUCAGAAAUGAGUGGAUCUGAAACAGAUACUGCAGAUGAAGGGAUUCGAAAUGAUAAUGAUGUUGAUGAUGAAGAUUGGAAACCGAGUGAGGAGGACAAAGAAGUAUAUCCUAAGAAGGAAAAGCUGUCAGUGACAAAAACACGAAAAAAGAUAGAUUCGUAUGAUUUACCGAAACCAGUCUACAAACGCUAUCGGUAUGUAGAUCCGAAUCGUCCGCGAUACCAAGAUUUCAAAUGCUACGUUUGUAUGAGCCCUUCGCAUGGAACGGCUGAAGCAUUACUAACUCAUAUGAACAAUUCACAUGCGCAUAUACUUCCGUAUACUUGUCCAGAUUGCGUAAUGGAAACAAUUGUUAUCAAAACAGUUAUGUCAUUGAAUCAUCAUAAACGGCAACAUCUAAAUCCCGAGAAAUGCCCGUUCUGUGAUAGGAGAUAUACCAGCAAGAACAAUGUAGCGCAGCAUGUGCAGAUGUACCAUAUGGGUGACAAUGAGCCGAAUCCUUCGCCAUGUGAAGUAUGCGGAAAGGUGUGUUCAUCAAAAUUGGCGUUAAAAGCUCACAUGCGACUGCAUACUUCAGGAAUAGCAUGCGAAAUUUGUGGAAAAGUGUUUCAGGAAAGACAUAAACUACAAAGGCACAUUCAAUCCCGCCACGAAAAGCUCAGGAAAUUUGAAUGUCACAUAUGUAAAAAGAAAUUAAGUACUUUGUCGGCUGUUCAGAUCCAUAUCAAUACGUACCACUCGAAUCAAGAAUUCCAGUGCAGCUAUUGUCCAAAGAAGUUCACUGCUAAACUGACUCACAAACUACACGAAAAGAAGCACGUUGAAAAUAGAAACUAUGUUGCAACAAAGGAGUGGAAGGAAUACUAUACUGUUUGCGAUGGUGAAGAAGGCAAGGUCAGUAAACUAAAGAAAUGCAAUCUCUGCGGGACCCUCAGCAGAAAUAUGGGAAACCAUUUAAGCAAAGUGCAUUUUCCAACCGAGUAUCGCUGUGAGAUCUGCGACACGACUUUCAAAUCCAAGCAAACCCGAGAUGCUCACGUACAGGAGCACGAACAUGGGAAAGCGUAUCAGUGUCCGAUAUGUGGCCGACAGUUUUCCGAACGAAGAAAUCUUAUUUCUCAUCUACGAACUAAGAAGCAUCGAGAUCAUCCCAUUGCUAAAAAAUGGCUCGGUUCCCUCAAAACGGCAGUAUUAUCGAAAACGGAAGAUUCCGAUGAAGAUCAGGAUACACAGGAAAAUAGACAGGCUGUAGAAGGCAUAGAAAGUUUUAUGUAAACUAGUGACACGCAGAGACAGGCAGAUUAAUGGUAAUAAUAAAUGGAGGUGAUAAACCAUAGAGAAAGA